CGCUCAAAGAUUGCCGUCUUUGAGAAGAUGUGGUCCUACAUGCGGAGCGCGGACCCCUCGGUGUUCGUGAAGAACACCAACGAGGGCGUGAGCCGGGUCCGGAAGUCCAAGGGGAAGUACGCCUACCUGCUGGAGUCCUCCAUGAACGAGUACAUCGAGCAGAGGAAGCCCUGCGACACCAUGAAGGUGGGCGGGAACCUGGACUCCAAGGGCUACGGGGUGGCCACGCCCAAAGGAUCGCGCCUCAG